CUGUAAGCAGUCUAGAGCCGUCGUCUUCGCGGAGCAGAAGAGAUCGCGCUGUUCUUGUCUUGAAUAAAAAAAGGUGUUUAUCCUUUGAACAAUGGCAAGAAUCAAUUCCUUCAUUGUCUUGUGCGUAUCCCUGAUGUGCUGCGCAUUUCUCGUCGACGCGACAGUCAUUAGGUUCCGAAACCGCCAGGAGGCGAUUGCAAACAACGAAUGCGACUGUUUAUCGAUGUAUGAAUUCAAGCCGAUUUGCGGAAGCGACGGCAGAAGCUACCCCAACGUGGCCACACUGAACUGCGCCAACGAGUGCCAGAGAACGAGUAUCGGUAUUAGUCACGAUGGAUUGUGCUAAGAAUUAAAACGAAAUUAAUUCUUAAAAAUAUCUAGAAAAUUUUGUUAUACAAAUUCUUUUGUGAUCGUGACUCGCAUUCGAUGGAAAAUACAUCAAAUUUCGCCCUUGAACGAGACAACGCUUGGGAGUCUGGAACGGACGACGGAUUAUCCUGAGCGCAUCGCAGCGAUUAAAACAUCGUAAUUACAGCUGAGAAAACGCAUAGCUUGCGCAGUGUGCACAUUGUGACCCGAUUCACAAGCGAGAAGAAAAUGGCUCAAAGUUAUUGUACAUAAACGAUUCGUUAUAAAUAUUUACGUUACGUUACAUCUUGACUGUUUACUCCUUGCGUGUAAAUAAAAAACACACGAAUAAACAGAAAUUUCCGAAACAAGUACAUUAGCAUACGCUCGUCAAAAAAGAAGGUCCACAAAUCAGUGCGUAAAAUCCCAGAAACGUGAUGUAACUAGGCCUCCCACGCCGUUCCCGUGUUGAUUUUCCACAGUAGUUCCAAACAAGUUUUCGUUAAAUUUACAAUGUAUUUACGAAGUGCUCGAAGCUCGGCGUGACUCUUUUUACGACGCGCAUUCUAAUAAGCAAAUACGUUUGCGAUACACAUAUAUUUCGCUGGUGGGGAUAGAGCUCCGCGCUUCGGUAUAUGAAGCCCUGUGGCGGGUGAUACUGAAAUCAGUCUUCGCUAAGGAACCGAAGAGUCUGUGCAUCUAAUCUUGUUCGAAAAUAAACUUUUUUCUCCUUAUCUCUCGUCAUGGCAAAGUCGAUGCUCAUCGUUGCUUUCCUCCUCGUCGCCUGCAUGAUGUUCAUGCACGUGAGCGCGUUCACCGACGAGGCCGGCAACAACUGUCCCUGUGCCACCACCGACGACCUCAGAUGGGUCUGCGGUAGCGACGGCGUCAGCUACCCUAACGCGGCUCACCUCAACUGCGAGAACAAGUGCAAGCGAUCGAACAUCGAGCUCAAGCACGAAGGCAAAUGCUGAAAAGAAAACACCGAGGCACUUAACGGGCCGUAUUAACUAACCACAAUCUGUUGUAACCUCUGGACUUUAUGUGUAUAACUGAAUAAAAUCAAGCUAUAUAGAUCGUAAAAAUCCA